AUGACUUUUAUUAAAACCUGGCGUAUUCGGUCAUUUCGGGCCCGACUGCUAGAGUUCCUUAGCGGUAAUACGAGUGUCGCGUUUUGUAAAGUGCCUGAAAAUGCGGCGGAAACACCAACACUAAGUUCAAAGCUUUGCAUCAACCCCAAAAAUGCCUAUCUUUGUGAUUUACUGGAUUACACAAAUGCAUCUAGAAUCUGCAGUAUGAAGCCAACACAAUGUAUAGAAAUAGAUGAUUGGGUGUCAUGUGUUGGGGGACUACCAUUGGGCUCAUGUGAUAGUUCUCCAGUAACAGAUCUCAAUGUUGAAGUACUGUUUGAAUGUGAAAUGGAGCCGCAUGAAGGAAGCUCCCAUCAUGAUAUAAUUUCGUUGGAGUCAAUGGGGCAACCGGUGGCAUGGAAAGCAAGUUCCCAUUUAGCAAUAGUGUUAAAGACCAAUAUUGAACAACUCAGUGUGGUGGGCUUUAAUUUUAUUGGUGGAGAAUUUAUUAUAGAUCACAAACUGCCUGUUGUUAGGAUUCAGACCGUCCAAAUAUCAGGGGAACCGAAUAAAGCUACUGAUGCAUCAAUGAGAGGUUUAAGAAGUGACAUACAACAUGGAUUAAAACAUUUUCCCGGAGAAUUCCAAUGGUCUGUACAUGCUGCUCUGUUAAGGAAGUUGUCGAAAGUAGUUGAUAUAAAAUCGGACAUUCGUAAUACAACUAUAGAAAUGAAUGGGGGCAGUGAUCAAGUUUUAGAAACAAUUCCACCAAAAAGAGCUGUCACAUUAGCUGAUGUAAGCACUAUAACAACAAAAUCUCUGUCAGCUGAGGAAGAAUUCGAGAAACCUGAGGAAAAGUUGAAAUCAGUCGCAUCAGAAAAAUCACCUGAGAAGAAGAGUAAGGCAGAAUCAGAUGAGAGAGAUAGAGAAGUAGUGGUGGAGAAUGUCACUGUGGAGAUUCAACAUAACAUAACACCUAAGAAAUCAAGUCUAACACUAGACUUGAAGAAGGGCACCAGCCAACUAUCAACAUCACUGUUGAAUAUAUCUAGUCAAAUUAAAUCAAUUACCACCCACAAAAGAGUGGUCAGUACCACAGCACCAAAGAAACAUCUACCACAAAUGGAAGCAAUAGCACCGGUAAAAGAAGAAAAUAUGAAUAAAUCCCAAUCACAACAGAGCACACCUAAGUCGUUAAAAAGUUCCCGUCCAUUAGUAAAUACAAAAUCGCCCAAUGUCUUAAUAUACUCUGAUAGUGUUGUAGCUAGGGAUAAUUUGGAAGCCUCCUUGAGGAAAGUUUUGGAUUGUGACAGGUACACGCUGUAUAGCGUGUCGCGCGAGUCCUUGGAAGCGGGCGCGUGGAGGGGGCGGGCCGCUCUGGUGGCGGUGGCUGGCUGCGUGGGGAGAUGCGCCCCCCUUCUGCUGGCGCACCUCCUCGAUGGGGGCAGACUGCUCGCCCUCUGCUCGGACCUUCUCCACACCGUGCUCCCGUAUUACAAGACUGCCGAGGUACGCGAAAACGAGAUAGUACAGUUCAGUUACGACAAAUGGAGCUCUGUUAAAAUGAAGCACCAUAUAUUUUGCUACCAAGCAUCGCCUGCCAAGAAACAGUUCUCGACUGAGAGUGAUAGGCAACCAUCCAAAUACACUGGUCAUCCGGGCCACGAGUUGGACAUCCAGAUCUUGGCGUCGGAGGAAACGUGGCGGACGCCGUCCUUGCUACAAGCGACCGAUUUAAUCAACAACGGGGUGGCGAUUUUUUCACAGAUACACCUCGAGGCCGACCCCAGCGAUUAUCUGGGCGAGGAGGGCAUGAAGAGCAAUGAGGCCCGCCUGGGCAUCAUCCACAAGAUAAUGGGCGAGAUCCUGGGCCUCCACGUCAAGGACCCCAAGGAGAUAAGGAACAUCGACCACACGACUGGAUACUUCCUCGGAAAUCACGUGGACAAGCUCUCGUUAGUGGAUAAGUGGUGCCCCCCCACGGAAGAAGGAAGACGCGUGCACAAAUUGGAGAAUCUGACGAUACAGUGGUUGCCCCGACAACUUCUCCACCGUGAAUAUUUCGAUAACCUCACAAGCAAGUCGCUGGGUCGGCUGGUUAUAUACGCUGAUGUGCUGGACUCCACCACGCGGGUGCUGGACGGCGAGCUGGCUCACGGCGUGGCCAGCGUGGCCCGUAGACAGCUGGCCGGCAUCGGGCGCGGUGGCAACGCCUGGCUGUCUCCGCCGGGCCAGGCCGCCGUCUCGCUGCAGGUGUGGCGCAAAAUGUCACCCGAGCUAUCGCUAAUUCAGCACGCAGUGGCGCUUGCGGUGGUACGCGCCUUACGCACCGAGCCCGCUUACGAACACGUCGACAUCGGAAUAAAGUGGCCAAACGACAUCUACUACGGGCGCGACGUGAAAAUCGGAGGAGUCAUCACCAAAGCCAGUUGCUUGGGCGAUAAGGUCAUUUUGCACAUAGGCGCAGGCGUGAACAUAUCGAACAGCGUACCGACGACUUGCGUGAACGACAUCAUUGCCGAGUACAAUCGCGCGCACGGCACAUCACUAGCCGCGUUGUCGAUAGAGAAGUUCUUGGCGCGCUUCUGCUCGCAGCUAGAGACGGUCCUCGAUUGUAUCGAUAGCGAGGGCGGGGUCGAGGCGUUCCUGGAGCAUUACUACCAGUACUGGCUGCACGACGGCGAGGAGAUUCGGCUAAAGAGCGGGGGCUCGGACAGCCCCGUGGAGGGCACCGUAGCGGGCGUGGACGGGGCGGGCUGGUUAAGGGUCCGGCUCCGCCCGGGGGACCGCGAGGUGAGGGUCGCCCCGGACGGGAACACCUUCGACAUCAUGAGCGGCCUCGUCGCGCCGAAACUG